AUUGCUCAGUACCCCAAGUGGGGAGGGAAGUGGGGCGCGUGUGAACGGCGCAAUCGAAAUUGCUAGACUGAGAAGCCCUCCUUUUCCCCUCGGUCGUCGUCUCCGUCUCCUUGCUGCUGCUGCUUGUCGCUGCCGCCUUAGCAAAUCCCACCUUGAAGGGGGAAGAAAGCCCAAAGCCUAAUCGCGAGAGUUGGGGAGAGAGAGAGGGAAGUUUGGUGGUGAACGAUGUCGUAUCUUCUGCCGCAUCUGCACUCGGGAUGGGCUGUGGAUCAGGCCAUCCUGGCCGAGGAGGAGCGCCUCGUCGUCAUCCGAUUCGGCCACGAUUGGGACGAAACCUGUAUGCAGGGUUUCUUGCCUUCUGCUGUUCUCUUCGCUGCUCCCGAUCACCGAUAUAAGGGCUCUUGGCUGCUGAAAUCUCUACUUUUGAGAUGGUCUUGGAACGAUUUCUUUGCUUGGCGUUGAUUGAAAUUAUUAGAAUACAAGAUGGAUGAAGUGCUUGCAUCUGUAGCCGAGACCAUAAAGAACUUUGCAGUGAUAUACCUAGUGGAUAUCACGGAAGUGCCCGACUUCAACACCAUGUACGAGCUCUAUGACCCGUCCACGGUCAUGUUCUUCUUCAGGAACAAGCACAUAAUGAUUGAUCUUGGGACUGGUAACAACAACAAAAUCAACUGGGCCCUAAAGGACAAGCAAGAGUUCAUAGAUAUCGUGGAGACGGUGUACAGAGGUGCGAGGAAGGGCCGUGGUCUUGUCAUUGCUCCUAAGGACUACUCUACCAAAUACCGUUACUAAAGGCCGUUUUUGUGCGGUGCUUUCAGUUUCUCAGAAACUAAUGAGAUUCCAUUAGUUGAACUUUGCUUUAUCUACUCUACUCGGGUGCUGAUUGAUUUUAAUACAAGCAUCUUAAGUUCUAUUGGCUAAUUUCGAGUGUACUCUGAGUCUGUCUCGUGGAACACUUGAUGUGUUUCAUUUGUAUCAGCAAAUUUAGUUUUCAGUGAUGUUCCAACUUUGAUGCGGAUGGCAUGAAUAGAUAGUAAACUUGCCCCUUCAAUGAAUAUGUAUGGUAAUUACGUAUGAGAGACCUAGAAUGUUUAUGAUA